CACAGUGGUUCAGCUGCCGGCGGGUCGUCCUCGUAGCAAUCUGACGAACUUAGGUUGCGGGACUUAUGAAUGCCAGCGCAAAACGCGAUAGAGUGUGGAUCAGAUCCCACAGAAGGAGUAUAUCGGGCAUGGGCUGUGACAGCCUUUUCUGAUUGAUGCUGACAAUAUCAUCGCAGGCAGAAUCCGGAAGUGGAUCUCGGCGUGUCUGCAUCUUCCGCUGACUAAGCGGCCCAACUUUGUCCGAACCCCCUUUAAGUCCAGGCCACUCCCAACACUCGACAGCAAUGUCCAUUCGCAAGAGUUAAAAGGCGAUUGACUGAUGAUCCCACCCUCGCUUGACCAUGCCAAUCGUGGACCAGGUCCGUCAAAUGCAUAUUCGGACCUGUCCUGCCGGCGAGUGUAAGCCGAAGCCGCGCCACUGCCGUUGCCAAUAGCCCCUACCACAACUGACACCUUCACAACAAUGUCCGAGACGCCUGUGUCAGUGUCCUCGGAUUCGCCAAGCACAUCCACUCUUGUUAGCUCGAGAAUAUCGCGUGCUUGUGAUUCUUGUCACAGGAAGAAGAUCAAAUGCGACGGCGUCCGGCCUCGAUGCGACUAUUGCCAGCACCAUGGUCUCGAAUGUACAUUCACCAGAGCACCAAGGGGCCCGAAGAGGGCUAGUCGGUCCAGGAGAUUGAAGGAGAGUGAUCUCGUCCGGCGAAUGGAACGUAUAGAGCAGUUGAUUACCGAAAACAUCAAAAGACGCAAUGGGCAAAGCAAUCCGAUAGUGCGUGACCGUGAUGCCAAAGCCGUCACCAACGAUCCCCGGCCCCAUGGUCCAGUCAGAAAUGAUUCUCCAAGUGUUGCGAACGUUGGACGAAUCUAUUGUGCCGGUUACCAACUUGGAGAUAUUAACCUCUUUCAUGGCGUGCCAUUUUUGUCGCGGGAAGGCCAGAAAUGGAUUGGGUUUCGCACGGAAGAGACCGACGUCAACCCUGAUAUGGGAGCACAAGGCCCUCUGUGGCAGAAUCACGGUCCUGCAUGGCCCACCAUUCCUUGGCCUGGGAACAUGAGUGCAACAAAUGGUAAGUCUCCCCAGUUACCCCCACGCGCGGUGGCGGAAAAGUGUUUCGAGCUUUACUUGAGGUCCGAAGUAUCGAGCGUCUUCCCAAUUGCAGACCCUGUGCUGUUCCCACAGAUUCUCGAGAAGGCAUACAAUGCUGGUCUUGCAAACGCUCAUGAAGUUCUUCCGGCAAAGGCGUGUGUCCUAUCUUUUUCGGCACUCGCAGCAACCCUUCUGGGCAAUACCGCGUCAGAGCCGUUGCCGCCAAUUGAUGUAUCAGGAUAUGGAAAUGCAGCGGCUUUUUUAUUUGCUGAUGUCGUCAACGCCCGUCCCAGCACUGAAGCCGUGGGCGCCUUGAUGAUGCUGGCUGUAUACCAGUUCGCAUGUGGACAUAUCCAACCAUUGGACAUCACCUUGUCGACAGCAUCACGAUUUUUGUUCAUGCUGGGUGCUCACCUCUACCCUGGAGAGGAUGUGGAUGUCCUUCCAUCCGAGCCACAGAGCAUAGAGACUAGGACGAUACUCCACCGGCGAGAUUUGUUCUGGAUGUCUUAUAAUCUCGACAAAGAGAUCACCUUCCGCACCGGCCGGCCACCCAUCUGGAAUGACACAUCGUGCGAUCUAACAUUCCCGAAAUGGUAUUCGAAGCAAACGGCGCCCGACUUCACGGGCAACUUUCGUCUCCCGGGAGACCUCGGACUGAGCCUGGUAAAGUCGAAAGCAUACGAGAAGCUCUACUCACCACAUUCACUAAAGAAAUCCGAUGCCGAAAUCCUCAGAGACAUUCGCGAGCUGGACGAACUGCUAGAGAACUGGAGACUUUCUCAACCAACCGUCUCGAGGCCCAAGUUGUCCUUCUCCCAGGAGCCCCCCGGAUGGUUGUAUUCCGUUGACCUCCAACACAUGAGGAUACAUUCGUUCUUCUUAAGACUCGAGUACUACCAUUGUAUGACCACAAUCCACCAAGCAAGCAGCCGUUGCAAGAAUUGGACCCACAACCACCGAAUCCAACAGGGGCUCAGCUCAAGUCUAGACCUGGCUUUGGAGUCUAGCAGGUCCUUGCUGUCAUGUCUGCAUGCCGGUGAUUCGGUUCUACUUCUGGCCCCGAACCUUUUCUGGGUUGUGCUGUUUUAUCCGUUGUCGGCCACAUUGAUCCUCUUCUGCAACGUUCUUCUCAACCCUGCAAGUCCAGUGGCCGCCUCUGACACUAGGCUUCUGCGCAGUUGUCUCGAUUACAUUAACAACAAGUUGGGCAGCAUCUCUAGUCUCUCCGAGAGUCAGCUACUUCAUCUUCAGAGCGUUCAGGCAUUUGCCGCCGAAGUGGUGAGAUCGGCCGAAAGCCUUGUCUCGCAGAAUAUGAAAGCAGCAUGAAAUUCACAGCAUCGAGAAAUGAUCAUUCGACUAGAAAGUCGGCGCACUGCGUCAAUGGAUCUCCAUGACGAACGGAUCUUGCUUCACGUCCGUGAUGGAAACCCCAGGCCCAAUUCCCUCUUUUGUACGGGAGUGGUUGCCGAACAGGCACGAAGAUUGGACCAGCUGCCCCUUCAUCCAGGCAAGACCGGCCUGAAUUCGGACAGACCAACGUCAUCCAACUGGCCGGCCAUUCGGAAAUGGAGUGUAAUCUCUAUCAAUCCCUGUGACCGCCUCGAUCGGGCAGGGCAGCCAGCCGGCAACAUUUCAGAAAGUAAGAACUGCGUGGAACCGAAAGUGAACCUCCAACCAGCCCGCCCACCCGCCUACAGUACCAUUUGGGGCGGAAACUCCGCGAGAGUCCGACGAUGAAGAAGAAGAAAACAGACAGCCUACACGAGGCGCCGAUUAUGAUGAUGAUAUGUUCGCUCGUGAACAAACCAUUAUUAUCAGGGCGGUCAGACUGAACACUGCAUCGGUUUCUCGCGACCCCCUUUUCUUUUGUGGUCGCAGGAAUCGUGAGGUAGUAAACUAUCACAGGCUUUCAUCGAAGAGGCGCGGAAGGAGUUCUGGCCGCUCUCUGCACCAUUCCUCGCGGGGAGAAAAAAAGGACAAGAGAAUUGGAUCGGCUUGCUGUUGAGGCUGAUCUCGGCCGGCCAAAAAUGAUACAUCUCUAUGUACAACCACAGCAGCAGCAGCAAUCAUGGACAGAAAAUCUCAUCUCCCAUUGUUGUGACAAUAUAGUAGUAUUGUGACUUUAAGUCGGUCCACAGUAUGGGAAAUCAAUGGCCAACAUGCUUGAUCUAGCCCUGGCUAUGCAUUUUGAUUUUAUCUAUCACUAUCCAACCGAGGUCUUAUUUUGGG